UCACACUCCAGUGGUCAGCUUUUCUUGAUGGUACUUUAAAUGAUUGGUUUGCAGCAUUUAGAAUGAAAAAUUUAUGUAUAACAAAUAAUUUUGUCCAAUGGCCAUGGUUUUCAUUUUCAUACUUUGCAAGUAAACUUCAAUGAGACAGCAACCCAACAAUAAUAAAUCCAGAAAAAAUCUACAAAGAGUUUAAAAGUCUGUCUUCUUUGAUUAAUAUAAAUUCAUACCGCAUAUCACUGUGUCCAAUAUAAAUUUAUUCAAAGUCUUGACAAGUUUAUAAAAAAGUAAAAUUACAAAAAAAAAAAAAAAAAAUUCCAAGGAAAAUUCAAAACAGAAAGUCGUGUAUCAAAUGACAAAAACAUUAAUGGAUUAAACCUGGCUUUAUAGCUAGCUAAACCUCUCACUUGUACAUGUUGUAUGACAGUCGCAUAGAAAGUAUUUAGAUUAAAAAGUAAACUUUUUGUUACCAAAAAAAGUUAAGUUCAUUCUGGCUAUUAAUAAGACCAGGAAUAAAUUGAAGGUGAUUAUUUAUUAUAUCAUUAUAUACGUAUGUAUACUUAUGACAUUGUAUUAGAAUCAGAAGGAUUAAAGAUUUGAUCACAAUAUUUAUACAUACAGGAUAUUUAAAACUUGACACAUUCAUACAUGACUUCGGGUAGAACACAUAGAUCAAAAAUAAACUAUUGUUAUUUUGGACGACAGCAUAUAUAAAGGUCGAAAAAACUGGACUUGAUUUUUUAAAAAUGACUUCAAAUUUAUUACACAAGUAUGAUACUUAUGAAGAAAUUGAGAAAAUAGCAAAAGACAUCCUGAAGCGGGUUAAAUGUCGACCUCAACUUGGAAUUAUCUGUGGUUCUGGACUUGGGGGGUUAGCAGAUUUAGUUGAAGAUAAAGAGACAAUUAGUUAUUUUGAUAUAGAAGGAUUUCCUGUUAGUACAGUACCUGGACAUCAAGGCCAAUUUGUGUUUGGUAAAUUACGUGAUAAACCAGUGAUAAUUAUGCAGGGAAGGGUACAUGUUUAUGAAGGAUACCCAUUACACAAGGUAACAUUACCUAUAAAGAUAUUGAAACUGAUGGGCGUUACAACACUAUUUAUAACAAAUGCUGCCGGUGGUAUCAACAGAGACUAUAAUGUAGGGGACAUCAUGAUAAUGAAGGAUCAUUUUAAUAUACCAGGAUUCUCAGGUUUAAAUCCAUUAAUAGGACCAAAUGAUGAUAGAUUUGGACCAAGAUUUCCAGCAUUAUCUAAUGCUUAUGAUUUCAAUCUACGUAACCUGGCAAAGAAAUGCAUCAAAGAACUAGGUUAUACGGAUUUCUGCAGGGAAGGAGUUUACUCCAUGUUAUCUGGACCAUCUUAUGAGACUGUCACUGAAUGUAAAUUUCUACUCCAAUGUGGGGUUGAUGCUACAGGUAUGAGUACUGUACCUGAAGCCACUGUGGCAGUAUAUUGUGGCAUGAAAGUGUUUGGGUUAUCUCUGAUUACAAAUAGCUGUAUUAUGGAGUAUGACUGUAAAACCUGUGCCAAUCACGAAGAAGUUCUAGAGACAGCAAAACUCAGAAGUAAAGAUGUUCAGACUCUUAUUUCCAAGAUGGUUGCUGAGGUUGAAGUGUAACAGCAGAUUAUUAUUCAUAUGUUGUUUAUCUUUUUGUUGAUUGUUUUCUUGUUAAAAUUUAUUGUU